GACAGUUCCCAUACUUGUUCUGGAUUUGGGAAGGAUAACCACCCUCAUGCAGGAGAGCGUGACGACAGCGCCAGGGACGGUGCUUGAGCAGGCGUACAAGCCGAUCCGAAUUACUCCUCCAGAUCCCGCGGAUCUCGAGCUGAGUGCAAAGCUGGAAGCGUUCAUGGCGAGCCACUUUCCAACGGAAACAGAGAAGAACAUCCAGCGACGCACGAUGAUCCUGGCCGAGUUACGGCGCAUCUUCCGUGCAUGGGUGAAGGACGUGUGUCUUCAACGCGGUGUGUUGGAAGAGAUUGCGAACGAAGCCGGGGGCAUUGUGCUCGUGUCUGGGUCGUAUCGGUUGGGGGUGAACGAGCCUGGGGCCGAUAUCGACACGAACUGCGUCGCCCCAAAGUUUGUCACGCGGGAGGACUUUUUUUCGUCUUUGAAGGAUAUUCUCCUCAAGAAUCCGAAAGUGACCAACUUGGUGGCGAUAGAAGGCGCGACGGUGCCGAUUCUCACCUUCGACUACGAAGACAUCAACAUCGAUCUCCAGAUUGCAAUUCUAGACCGCAGCUCCAUUCCCGACAAUAUCAACAUUUUGGACGACAACAUUCUCAGUGGCGUGGACUCUGCGACAGAGAAGAGUCUGAACGGGCCACGGGUCACGGAACUCAUGAUUCGGCUCACUCCGAACCGCAGUAGUUUCAUCGCGGUGCUGCGCAUUGUGCGACGAUGGGCCAAGCGACGAGGAUUGUAUUCAAAUAAAUUGGGGUAUCUCGGAGGUGUGAAUUGGUGUAUCUUGGUCUGCUUCAUCAACCAACUGUACCCCACGGCGGCGCCAUCGACGCUCCUCCUUCGUUUCUUCAUGGUGCUGUCGCAGUGGAAGUGGCCGUCUGCGAUCCAGCUAUGCAAGACGUACGACGCCAAGCUCGGUCUCGAAAUCUGGAACGCCAACGUCGGCGGUAACCGCUUCCAAGUCAUGCCGAUCCUGACGCCGGCAUACCCGAGCAUGAACUCGUCGUACAACGUGUCGGUGCAUUCACUGAGCGUGAUGAAGGAAGAAUUCUCGCGAGGGCUUGAGACCGUCAAGGCGAUUAUUGCAAGUGGGGGCACAGACUGGGCGCCUCUCUUUGCGCCGUCCGAGUACUUCGUCGACCACCAAUACUACUUGGCGGUCGAAAUGUACGUGGCGGAUCCGAAUGACCAAGGCGCGUGGUGCGGGUUUGCCGAAAGUCGACUGCGCAAAUUUAUCGAGACCCUGGCGUACCACAACCCGCAGUUGUGUCGUCUGCGAGUGUACCCGAAGAAGUUUCCGCUUUUCUUCGUCAACGAGUCGAUUCCGCUGGAUCAAGACAAGAAGCAUGGGUGCACGUACUUUGUCGCGUUUGACGUGGACAAGACCAAGCUCCGCGGGAAGGAGGUACGGCUGGAUAGCGCUGUCGACGAUUUCAAAGUCAACAGUUUGUACCGAUGGCCCAAGCGAGUGGAGGGCAUGGACAUCCGCAUCACUCCGCUCGGGUGGAAGAGUUUGCCCGAGUCUGUCUUUGAAGAGAUGGGCGGGCUCAAAGUCGCAAAGGACCUGCGGCAAAAGUAUCUCAAACGCAAGAAGGACGAACAGGCCAAACUUGAUGCCGAAGCCGCUAUAGCGGCCACAGUGGCCGUGCCACAGCAACCGCCAUCGUCGUCUUCCACCAGCGACAAGGACGGCAGUCUUUUGUCCCAAGAAAGCGAGUCCCAACCCACAGAAGACCCACCUACCAAACCUGACAAGAGCCCAAUUUCUGCCAAGAUCGUGCUGGCCACGGACGACCCGACGCCAGUGUCGACCCCUGCUCCGUCACCGCUUCUCGUCGCGGCAUCGCCGAGUGUGGACAAACGCCCACGAGAGGAUCCCCCCUUGAUGUCACUGGCACCGCCAGAGGCGACGAUGUCGGAGGUUGCCAAGGACUCUCCCCCAAAGCGCCGCAAAAUGAAAAUAUCAUUUGGUGCCAUGUGAGACCUUGGACAAAUGGACACACAGAGCGCGUCGAAAAAUCCCCACAAAAACAUGAUUCACUAGUUUAUAGGUACACCACGAGCCGCCGACGAAACCCAAAAACAAAACACACGAGGGCAAGAACGGGACGCGAACAGAUUACUUUUUGCAGCGAAAUAUGAACAGCUCGAUAUGGCCUCAAUCCACUCGUUUACGUAA